AUGGCGUACGACUACCCGUUCAGUGACGACGAGAACAGUGAACUUGGUCCACUGAAGCAGGAGUGGCCGUUCGGUGGAGAAGGAAGCAAACUAUUGGCUCGAGCGGAUCGACAGGCUGACGAGUACUCUUUCGGAGGUCGAGCCGACACGUUGCCGAUCGUCGCCAGUCUUGUUGUCAAAGACGUUGGGCCAGGCUCGGUCCCACUGACUGAGGAAGAAGCUACAAACCUGAUCGGCAAGAGCAAGAAAUCUCCGUUUGGACACAAGUUUGAGACAAAACUGGACGAGAAUGUACGCAAUAGCUGGCAACUGGAGCCUGACCAAGUCGAAAUCAACAACCCGCAGUGGCACACCGGCAUUGAGGAGAUAACCGCUACCAUUGCAGCACGUUUGGGGUACGAAGGCGUUCCUCUAAGCUGUCAGCUGUACAAAAUGCUCAUCUAUGGACAAGGAGGGCACUUUGUGAAGCACCAAGACACUGAGAAAGAAGACGGGAUGAUCGCCACGUUGGUGGUUCAGUUACCCAGUCUGCACGAAGGAGGAGACCUGGUCAUCUAUCGCGGCGGGAGGCCACUGCACCGCCACGACUUUGGCAAGGCUGAUGGUAGCGCUGGCUACUUUCCCCAUUAUGGUGUGCACUACGCGGACGCGGAGCACUCAUUGGAGACAGUGAUCAAGGGAUAUCGACUCGUGCUGGUCUAUUCGCUCUGCCUGCCAGCAAAGAUGGUUCACCUGAAAAAGAGCUCUAACAAGCUGAUGAGUGAUGAGCUGGCUGAGGCUGUUGCCGGCCCGUGGAUGCUGCUAAACUGCGGGGAGCUGGCCAAAGUUGAGUUGGACAAGGAGCAGGAGGAAGUGUCCGCUACCUUUUUCCGAACGCUGAGUGAGCUGGUGGUAGAUGCGAGCGACUUAUCUCUGAUUGAUUUCUUCCUCAUCAACGUUUACAAGGAUCGGUUCGAUCUCGCAGCUCCGCUGAUCCCGAUCGUACGCAAAUUCGCUUGGGACGACAUCGGCCCCAUCCUUUCGCGCUGGUUGGAUGGCGUAGAUGAUGGGAAAGCGAUGGCGGUGCUCUUGAACAUUGUGGAUGGGCUGGGACUUGAAAAGGAGGCAGCUCCGACGGCCCUCGUGAAGCUCGCAAGCGAGAGAGCACUGAAGCUUUCCUGGGACGAUCUCAUGAAGUCGAAUAUAGUGUCGUUACUCUGGAAGUGGCUCAUUCAAGCUGGUGACAAGCAAAUGAUUGAGAAGGUGGCUACUAAGUUCAAGACGAUGGAUCCGAGUCAGCUUGGUCCCGUGAUGGAAGCUUUCGUGGAGAAUGCUGGCUACAUUGAAAGAGGCGACGACAAGUGCGAAGUUGUGGCGCCAGUCAUCGCAGUUCGAGUUGAGUGGCUCAAGAGCCAGAUUGAAGAGCUGAAGAAGCCGUUCUCGUGGGCGAUGCCGAAUGCAAAGUUCCCACAUAACGCUCAGGUUGAAGCGUUCCUCCAAGGCACCGAGGAAUCCAUGACGACGAAAGGUAUCGAGACAUUUGAGACCCUGCAAGAUGCGAGAAACUACGCCGCUCAGUGGAUGCGGGAGGAGCAAGUCGAGGCAUCGUCUGAGAUGGAGGCUGCAGAGGAGGACGGCACCGCUUUCGUGACAAUCACCAAGACACCCGACUGGUUUAUGGAGCACGAAAAGAAACUGGCGAAGUACAACACGGAGUUAAAGCUUUUGGAAGAAUGCUACGAUGAGGUCACCCAGGGAGGGCCGAGGAAACAAGCCAGGGUCGAAGCUUCGUGCCGUUAUGGCAUCAAACCAGAUAGACUACAAUAG